UAUUAUUAUUAUUUGUGUAUUCCUCAGAGGUUGGAGCUUCAAGAAUAGAGGUCUGAGCACUCUGUCUCUCUGUGUCUCUGCCUAGAGAUGGGUACUCUGACCACUUCUCUUGUGCUUCCAUCAGGUCUAAAGCCUUUCUCAAUCUCUCAACAACAAAGCUCUCUUUUCAUCUACACAAGAACACUUCCCAAGAAGCACCAAUCUAUUGUCCCUGUUGCAAGGUUAUUUGGGCCAGCUAUAUUUGAAGCUUCAAAGCUGAAGGUUUUGUUCCUAGGAACUGAUGAAAAGAAGCAUCCAGGGAAGCUUCCUAGAACUUAUACACUUACACACUGUGAUUUAACCUCUAAGCUCACUCUUGCCAUCUCUCAAACCAUUAACAAUUCCCAGUUACAGGGAUGGUAUCAUAGAUUACAGAGAGAUGAAGUGAUCGCAGAGUGGAAGAAGGUUAGAGGAAAAAUGUCUCUCCAUGUUCACUGUCACAUAAGUGGUGGUCACUUUCUAUUAGAUUUGUGUGCCAGCCUAAGAUUCUUCAUCUUCUCCAAAGAACUCCCUGUGGUUUUGAAGGCCUUUGUUCAUGGAGAUGGGAAUUUGUUCAAUAACUAUCCAGAAUUAGAGGAAUCUUUGGUUUGGGUUUAUUUUCACUCCACUUUUCCAGAAUUCAACAAGGUGGAAUGUUGGGGACCACUCAAGGCUGCUGCAGCUCCUUCUGGUGGGGUCAAUAGGGCUCACCAGGAAAGAAGUCAUGAAAUUCAAUCAAGCAGCUGUGAUCCUCUGGUGCCACAUCCAUGCCAAGAAGACUGCACAUGCUGCUUUCCUCCAAUGAACAUGCAUGUGCAUGAUUCAUCCUUGCAGCAGAAGGAACUCUAGACGCUGGAAGGCCGAUAAACCAAAGGUCUGCAGGGGUCACCGUAUCUGAGAUCUUCCAAGAGAUGAUGCUCCAAUUUCGCUGUCAGUGUUCUGCAUUCACAGUACCAGAGACAUGAAUUGUUCUGUCUUUCACUAAACAGGGACAUGAGAAUGUACUCAAGACUCAGGAAGAAACCCGAUUUUUUAUUUUAUUUUUUAUAUUUUUCCUGCUGGAGGGGAUACUCGCUUCCGAACACAAGAUCAAUUUCUAAGGACAUAUAACAAGUUUGUAUAAAUGAAAAAACCAAUCAGAUGGGAUUUUGGGCAAUAUUGUUCAUCAAAAAA